UCUGUUGGGUUCAUUUUGUGAGGAGACGGAUAGGUCUUGAGGCUCGAUAUGAUAGAGACCCUCCUUUUGCUUCGUGUGUCAAGUUAAGAGCGCAAGGUGGACGCCGAUCUGCGUGAGGAAGUGGGGAAACGAAGCGGAAGGGAGGGAACCUUGAAGGGAAUCGGACGGAGGGAAGAUCCUCGAGGCCCUGGGACAUGUUGAUGUUCGAAAGGAGGCGAGACGUGUUGUUGAGUCGAGGCCCUACACAGUGCUUCUGAAGGGGGCUCGUCCGUUCGUGAGAUUCGCCCUCUGUGAGAUACACGAAAAAGGACCUUUUUGAGUUUCCACCCCCCGUGCCUCGCCCUUAUUUUUCUAAGAUUUGCUUCCUAAUAUUGCUGGUGAGAAUUGAGGCACUGCGGGUGUCAGGAUGAGGGAGGUGUGAGGUCCUGCGAGUGCUGGGAUGAGGUCGUGUCUAGAGGAGAGUCACGGGAAAGAGCAAGCAAAGUGGGCUCUGUUUGGUCUUACGCCAAGACCGUUAUCGACGUGGUGUGUCCAUCCUAAGUAAAAAAGAAAACAAGAAAAUAAUAAUAAUAAAAAAAACAAAACUUCAAACCUCUCACACAGAAAAGAGAUAGAGAGGUCUUGAUUCCUCCCGCCAGCCCAGCGGUCGCCGACGAAGGAGCCUGAGGACGAGGGCGUCGACCCUUUUCCUCGAAGAACCAGCGAAGAUUUGGGGAAAAGGACGAGAGCAAAAGCAGGGCCGAUGUUCGACGGGGCGGCGCCAAACGUUGUGACGGAGUCCAUGACGGAGAAUAGGAGAUACAGCAUGGUAGAGCAAGCGAUAGCCAUGGCGGGGACCCUCUGCGACGAGCCAGACUUUUCCACCUUUGAGAACAAAACUGGCCUGGCGGAGGAUAUGAAGUUCUUGGCCUCGAUGCCCGAGCUCUGUGACGUCACCUUUCUGGUCGGCGACACGAGAGAACCCGUUUGUGCGGUCAAGGCGGUGCUGGCCGCCCGGAGCAGGGUGUUCCACAAGCUCCUGUACAACUCGUACUCGCCGCAGAAGAAGAAGGAGCCGAUGAGCCGAGAGAAGAAGAUCAAGAUGUUCCUCAAGAGAUCGUCGGAGCCGCUGAUGAACCUCCAAGGCCAGCCUCAAGGACGACAGGGUCGAUCCGGAUACACUCACAAACUGGACACCAUCCCGGAGCCCCAGGGAAACGUCCACCAGACCCUGAUUGUGGAGGAAUUUGAGCCCGACGUGUUUCGUCAGCUGAUCGAGUACAUCCACACAGGCUGCGUCACGCUCCAGCCGAGGACGCUGCUGGGGCUGAUGAACGCCGCCGAUUACUACGGUCUGGACGAACUUCGAAAGGGCUGCUCCGGCUUCGUGCAAUGCUGCAUCAACGUCGACACCGUGUGUGCUCUUCUGGCCUCCGCUGAGAGAUACAUCCAGUACAAGUGCACGAAGUCUAUGGUGCAGAAGGUGCUCGAGUUCGUGGACGAGCAUGGCAACGAGGUCCUCAACCUUGGCUCGUUCACCCUCCUGCCGCAGCACGUGGUCAGACUCAUCAUGGCCAGGGAGGAACUCAGGGCCGACGAGUUCACCAAAUUCCAGGCAGGCCUCAUGUGGUCCAAGAAACAUUGCGACAACCAACCCAACACGACGGACCUGAAGGAGGUGAUCGGGAACUUCCUAGAAUACAUCCAGUUCUACAAGAUCCCCGCUAACAUCCUCAUGAAGGAAAUCCACCCGCUGGGACUCGUUCCUUACCACAUCAUUAUGAACGCUCUUGCUUACCAGUCAGAGUCAUCGUCAGACACCUGGAGUCUUGAUGAAACCUCGUACUACUAGACCUCAUGAGCAGCUGCCAAAAAAACCUGCUGGCUCCGGAGUUCAUGUAGGGAAAAAAAAUAUAUAUGUAUAUAUUCCCUCCCUCCCUCCUUUCCCUCCUUUCCCUCCUUUCCCUCCGUCCCUCCUCUCGUUCCUUUCCUUCUUCUUCGCUCCCCCACAGGAAUUUUCAUCUCAUUGGAAAGAAAGCAAUAAGAUUUAUUUAUAUAUUGAUCAUUUAUUAUUAUUUUGUGCCGGCGCUCUCUACGCGAAGACACCUUUGUAAACACGGAAGAUAAGUAGAGAAAAUAACAUAAAAGAAAGAAAGGAAAUUAACGUCUGAACAACGACCCCUCCUCUUCCUUUUCCAUUCAUUCCUUCUUUAAGAACAGAAAGAAAAAGAAUUUUUAAAAAAUCAAUUAGAAUUAAAGCAAUA